GUGCGUGAUCUUCAUUAUAGGAGUAGCAGCAGCGGCAAGAGCAGUAAUAGAUCAAGCACCAUGUGYCGGUGGACUAUGUUCGUCGGGCCGGCGGUUGGGCUGGACGCCGUCCUCCUGAAGCCGUCUCACUCUGCUAUCGACAUGGCGACCAGUCACUACAUCCCUCACAUUCUGCACCCAAAAUCGGACCUGGUGGACGUGCUACUCCAUGCACGGCGUAACCACCCCAUCAACCUUGAUGGAUUCGGCGUUGGCUGGUACCCGCUCGACGACACCUCUCCCUCCUCCUCGGCGUUGAAGGCUAGGGCGCCGCCAAUGGUGUACAAGACAGUGAAGGCCGGCGCGGAGGACGAUCGUCUCAAGGAGCUGGCGCAGACGGUUAAGAGCGAGUGUUUCUUUGCGCACAAUCGAGCAAGCACGGCCGGAGAGGUGACAGUGGAGAACUGCCAUCCGUGGACGUACGGAAGGUUCAUGUGGAUGCACAAUGGCGGGAUCGCGCGGUUCGCGCAGGUUCGCUGCUUCAUGCUGGCGGAGAUGGGUGCAAGGKUCGCGGCGCAGAUCCAGGGGCAGACGGACUCGGAGGCGGCUUUCUUCCUCUUCCUGCACUUCUUGGCGGAGGGCCACGCGCAGGCGGCUCCGCAGGAGGGGUCCCGCGAAGAACGGCAAGCUUGCGAUGACGACGAGAGGGCUUUCAUUGAUCCGGAGAUGGCGAUCCGGCUUCCCAGCACCGCAGCGAUGCUGGAGGCKGCGAUGGAGAAGACAGUCCAGUUCAUAGUGAAAUCUGUCAAUCUAGUUUGCCAGGAGGACGAGGGGGAGCAAGAGAAUGGCGGGCCUAAUUGCACGUCGGAGGAGAAGAAGAAGAAGAAGAGGGGGCCCAAGCGGAGGGAGCGGUCCUCGUUGAACUUCGUGGUGACGGACGGGGCGAACGUGGUGGCGAUCCGUUUCAGGGACUCGAGGGUCGAGCCGCCGCCAUCUCUGUUCUACGCGCACGGCAUCAUGCAUCCGCCGUCGAGCAAAGGCGGGUCGCUKGACUUCGUGCCGCCGGAGCCCGGGCGAGAUAGAGAUGGUCUUCUGCGCGCGGCGAUCGUGGCCUCGGAGCCGUUGAUCAAUUUUGACGACGAAGCACACCUUCAAGAGGACUGGCAUCUGAUCGAAGCCAACCACAUGGUCAUCAUCGACGAACGAAGGGACCUCAAGAUGCGGAAGGUGUGCAUAGAUUGCGCUGCACUGGUCGAGCAUAAGGUGCGACGAUGGGGGCACAGGUGCACCGCGGAGAGGACCGCGGACGCUAGCACCGAAGGUAACGUCCACUUGGCGUACGCUGGGAUUGCUCGUGAGCAAUCCCACCAUUCGGAAGAUAAGGCUUUCUGUUGUCCGUCUUCCGGCUCCGAGGAGGAGGAGGAAGAGGAAGACUGGUACGUACGGGAAGCGGGGGCGGAAGGUGCUGCCGAUUUGGGCCUGCCGCCUGCGGCGACGUCUCGCAGUGGGCUUGGCAAUGGGCAUGUGGGGAAGGUGGAGCGCACGAGGGAGGGGGAGCAGGCGGGUGAGAAGAUGGGUCAGGAAGCAGCAGCAGACCCAGGGGCGACAGCCGGGUUUGCCCUUGAGCUGUUCGUCCAGUCCUCCUUGGACGCAAGAUCGGCAUCUGCCCUCGUCGUUGGCCCGACGAGCCCUAUCCACGCCGUGACGGUCUGAGUGCCGUCUGCAAGGCCUAAACUGGAUUUUGAUUUUGCACACAGUCGGUCUUCCUAAACCGGAUUUUGAUUUUGCACCAGAUCUGAAGGAGAGAGAUCCGUCCAAGUGCUCGUCAGCUCUUUGAGAUAGAUUCUCGGCUGUUCGGCCCGUAGACGGUCGAAACUCAAUCUCUGAUAACGGGUUACGCGUGAGAUUCACAGUCUCUCUCUUCACCGUCCUAUCGCUCUCCCCGAUAGGCUAUAGCACAUCUGACCCGCUUUUGAGUCUUGAUUAUGUCAUGCCCUCGUCCUCCCGUAGUAGUCGUCGCGUCACCGUUGUAGCGUCGCGACUCGCGAAAAACCUCAAUCCGAGGUGCAUUAGCGAAUCCCUUAGGAAGUUAGGAUCACAACUCGGAUGUACAUUCAUCGUUUUYUUCCCACAACUUCGGAAGUAAAUUUCAGCCACUUCA